CUCGCGUGACGCAGGCAAUGAUGCAAACAUCACUUGGACUUACCAGGCGAUCUCAACAAACUUCGUCGAGUUCUGCACAGGAAACUACUGCUACAAGAGCGGAAGAUCGCCGAGCCCUUCUCCGCUUCAACAAUCCAAGAAGAACAGCACUCCACUCCAAGCUCUCACCGGCAAGGACCACCGCGCCGGUUGGGCAACACAAACCGAGCGCUGUCCCUGCGGUGGCGCACCUCACCUGCGCGCCAUGGAGCGGGAGCCGGCGUGCACGGCGCGCCCGCGCGUGCUGCUCCUGUGCAGCCCGUGCAUGGGCCACCUCAUCCCCUUCGUGGAGCUCGCGCGCCGCCUCGCGGCCGACCACGGCCUCGCCGCCACGCUCCUCUUCGCCUCGGCCACGUCCCCGCCCUCGGCGCAGUACCUCGCGGUGGCCGCCGCCGCCCCCGACGCCGUCGACCUCGUCGCGCUGCCCGCGCCGCCGCCGGACGCGCUCCCUCCCGGCGCGCGCGAGCGCGAGCGCGCCGAGAUCGCCGUCGCCUCCAACGUCCCGCGCGUCCGAGAGCUCGCGCGCGCGCUGGCCGCGGACGCGCCCCUCGCCGCGCUCGUCGUGGACAUGGUCGGCGUGCGGGCGCGCGGCGUCGCGGCGGAGGUGGGCGUCCCGGUCUACAUGUUCUUCACCUCGCCGUGGAUGACGCUGUCCCUGCUCCUGCACCUCCCCGGGAUCGACGCGGCGCGCGCCGGGGAGCACCGGGACGCCACGGAGCCGAUCCGUCUCCCUGGCUGCGUGCCGAUCCACGCUCACGAGCUGCCGGCUUCCAUGCUCGCCGACCGGAGCAGCAGCAUGUACGCUGGAUUCGUGUCCAUGGCCAAGGCUAUAAGACAAGUCGACGGCAUUCUUGUGAACACGUCCCGCGAGAUUGAGCCCGCGGUGGGCGACGGCAUGGACGGUCUGGGGCUGCCGGUCCACCCGGUCGGACCAUUGGUCUGGACCAGACCGGCCGGCGAGGACCGGGACCACGAGUGCAUGAGGUGGCUGGACCAGCAGCCACGUGGAUCCGUGGUCUACGUGUCAUUUGGCAGCGGUGGCACGCUUACGUGGCAACAGACGGCUGAGCUGGCGCUUGGGCUGGAGCUUAGUCAGUGUAGAUUCAUUUGGGCUGUCAAGAGACCACAUCAAAGUUCGGCAAAUGGAGCAUUCUUCGGGACUCAGAACGGUGAGGACACUUCAUUGGAUUUCUUGCCUGAGGGGUUCAUGGAGAGGACUAGAGGGUUGGGGUUAGUGACGCACUCCUGGGCCCCACAAACAGCUAUAGUAGGGCAUCCUUCAGUCGGGUGCUUCUUGACGCAUUGCGGGUGGAACUCGAUAUUGGAGUGUGUUAUGUGUGGUGUGCCUAUGAUAGCGUGGCCACUUUACGCUGAGCAAAAUAUGAAUGCUGCGAUGAUGGAGGUCCAGGUCGGGGUGGCAGUCCGGGCCAAGGUCGGUCUUGAUCGAUUUAUAAGCAAAGAAGAGGUUGCGAGUGCAAUUCAACGUGCGAUGGUAGGGGAGGAAGCUGUAAGGAUGAGGAAGCGAGCAAGUGAACUUAGAGACAAAUCAGCGCAUGAUUUGAGCAAGGAUGGCCGUUCAACUCAUGCUUUAGCACAAAUUGCAGAUGUGUGGAAAUGCUCUACUAGGAAAUGAAGAAAAUGGGGGGCAUUAUUCGGUAUUCCUGUUAUCGGUGACAUUUCCUUUUUUUUUUUGCUAGAUGAUGUAUCUCAUUGAAAUGAAGCUGCAUAACAUUUCAGACGACGCUGUAAAAGAUUAGAAUGAAGUCUUUCUUCUGAGUCACGUUCUUAUAAUGUGCUGAAGAGGUAGCUUAAUACAUAGAUGUAGUCACUUUAAAGCAAAGAACACUUGUAAAGUUUCUCUCGAGGAU